CUAUAUAAAGUCUCCAAUCUAAUUAGCAAAUUCAAUCACAAAUACUAUCAAACUUCUUCAAAUUAAAUUACAUAGUUUGUGUUUGAUUAGAGAAAUAUGGCACAUAAGGGAACUAGCCAAGGCCAAAUGCACCUAACUGAUGAACAUGGAAAUCGAGUUCAUCAAAUUGAUGAACCCAAUGCAAUCCAAGGUAUAGCUAUGGGGUUCGCCCCUGCUGGUACAUGCUCUGAUACUAUGAAGAAAGAUCACUAUGACGAAGGACAACAACAACUUCGUCGUUCCGGUAGCUCUAGUUCAAGCUCUUCUGAGGAUGAUGGAGAAGGAGGGAGGAGGAGGAAGAAGAAGGGCAUAAAGGAGAAGAUUAAAGAGACGUUGACCGGAGGCACUGACGAAGGUGUACAAACUAUUAUUCCUACUCUUACUCCUACUCCUACUCCGACUUCCACCUGUGAAGCCGGAGGGGGCGAAAAGAAAGGAAUGAUGGAGAAAAUCAAGGAGAAGAUCCCUGGGAUGCACUGAGUGAAUGUUACAUUUCAAGUGUGUCGAUUUUUGACAAUUGAAG